CACCUGACUCGUGAGUGUGUCAUCAUGUGGCGUUCACAGUCUGCUGGAAUCCCACGGAGAGUGGAGACUUCACGGUGGUCUCUCGUCCCGGUUUUGUUUGUCCCGUUCAGAUUUCCAGCAUGGCGUGGACAAAAUACCAGCUGUUCCUGGCCGGGCUUAUGCUGACAACUGGCUCAAUCAAUACGUUGUCGGCGAAAUGGGCAGACACUUUCCGAGCACCGGGCUGCAAUAGCGACCCUGAUCAUGCAUUUUCUCACCCGUUUGUCCAGGCAGUGGGGAUGUUUCUGGGCGAGUUCAGUUGUUUGGCUGUCUUCUACAUCCUACUCUGCCACGACCGUCGUAGUCCCGAGCCCCAGAUGAACGCAGGCCAGAACUUCAACCCUUUCCUCUUCUUCCCCCCCGCUAUGUGUGACAUGUUGGCCACCUCAACUAUGUAUAUCGCUCUCAGCAUGACCAGCGCCUCCAGCUUCCAGAUGCUUCGCGGAGCUGUCAUCAUCUUCACAGGUCUACUUUCUGUGGCGUUUCUGGGGCGACGCCUCAUAGCCAGUCAGUGGCUGGGGAUCCUCACGACCAUUCUGGGCCUGGUGAUAGUGGGGCUGGCCGACUUCCUCAGUGGACACAAAGAUGACAGUCACAAACUCAGUGAUGUCAUCACAGGGGACCUUCUGAUCAUCCUGGCUCAGGUCAUUGUCUCUGUACAGAUGGUCCUGGAGGAGAAGUUUGUCUACAGACAUGAUGUCCAUCCUCUGCGCGCUGUUGGAAUUGAGGGUUUCUUCGGUUUCAUCGUUCUGUCGCUGCUGCUCAUCCCCAUGUAUUUUAUCUACGUGGGCGAAUUCAGUGAUAACCCCCGACAGGUUUUAGAGGAUGCGCUGGACGCCUUCUGUCAAAUCGGUCACCGGCCGCUCAUCUUGCUGGCCUUGCUGGGCAACACCGUCAGCAUCGCCUUCUUCAACUUCGCCGGCAUCAGCGUCACCAAGGAGAUCAGCGCGACCACACGCAUGGUGCUGGACAGCCUGCGUACGCUGGUCAUAUGGGUGGUGAGCCUGGCGCUGGGUUGGGAGCAGUUCCACGGCCUGCAGGUUCUGGGCUUCUUGGUUCUGCUGGUGGGCACGGCACUCUACAAUGGACUGCAUCGCCCUCUGCUGGCCAGAAUACCUUGCUGCGCUGGGCUGGCCGGCGGAGAGGAGGAGAGCGGCGCAGGAGAAAGGGAGAGACUGCUCGGAGAUGGUUCGGUGCAGGCACCUGACGAGAGCUGAAGUCGGAGCUGGUACACUUUGCACACACAACAUCCCCAAGUCAAAAACACUGUACCUUUUUACCUAAUACAUUUUUAGCAUCCCAUUGCCUUUUAGAAACAUACAAAAGAGGUGUUCCUUUUUUUUUGGACUUUUUAGCCAAGUAUCCUGACUUAUUUCAAUGCAUGUGUUCCCAAAGAACAUGAAACCUACUAGUCAGACAUUCAUUUUAAAGAUCAAUGGGAUUUUUUAUGGGGAUUUUACUGGUCGCUCACUUCCUUGCUGUUUUUCAAAAUAACUUUUAAUUUGUUAAAAUGCAUUUUUUUAUUAUUAUUAUUAUUUGUAGGAUUUUUUUAUGAUGCUGACCAAGCAGUGAUUUUGUGCCAAAGAGUUCACAAAAUAUAAUUUCACUUCCAUGACUGGAAGAGGCACUGAGUUUUUUUUUUUAAUGGGGGAAAUGAUUUGUGUUAUGAAAGAGUCUGUCACUAACAAUAAGGGAUUUGCACAAGCUGUACAAACCGAGUGUCUAUUUCAUUUCACUUUGCUAUAAUUGAAAAAAAAAGGGAACUGUCAUUAAAUCCGACGCUGUAAAUCA